UCACAUGCACAGCAAUGGCCACCAUGCUUCUCCGCAGAAAAGUUUUAUCUCUGGUUCCAGGAAGCAAGUCAUGAAAAAUUGGGGAGAAGUCCGAUACGGCGUGAAUGUAUGAACACAUUUUACUAAAUAUAUGAAAUAAUAUUGAGAACCUUAUUCGAGCGCUAUCACCGCGGUGUUUGAUGUGGUUUAACGUUUACGUCAACGUGAGCUCGAUUUCGUGAAAUGACAGACAAGCAUCAGUCAAACGAUGAUAUUCAAUCGAUUUCUGUCAAGCUGCAGUCCAUAACGACUGCAGAUGCUAAUUUAAGCUCACAAGAUUCAACGCGGACAAAUCAAACUAUGCCCAAAGUAAAUAACACUACACCAGUAUCUAAUUUGGAGGAAAGAACAGUAAGCGCAGUAGAAGAGAGUGCAAUGAUAAAGCCAGGACUUAACGUGCCAGAAAAAAUAGUUCUUGUAAUUGAUACGGUAAAAGAACAUGACUGUACGAAAUUUAAAUUAGGUACCGGGGCCAAGUACCCACCAUUAUUUAUGAUAAAGAGGGUCGUGGAAAUCUUCGUUGGAACCAAGUCAACGAUACAUCGUAAGCACGAGUUUGCCUUGAUGACUCUGGAUUCGCAAUCGGUGCAUUGGUUGUGCGAUUUUACGAAUAACACAAAGACGCUUCUUAAUCACUUGGACAGCGUCGAAGAAGAUGUCCUCGAUGAGGAACACAAGGAAUGCGAUUUAGGCGGGGUGUUUGAAUGUAUAUAUGAGCGUACCGGUCUCCUGCAAAUACCUAAUAACAAUUCUGCCGUACCAAAGUUUGUCCUUCGGGUUAUAUUGAUUUAUUCUCGCUCGCACUGCAUGCCUGUUAUUACGUCAGGUCAGAAGGAACUUAUAGAAUUAUUGGAACAUCCGUACUGCUUCUUGGACACUCUGUUUGUUCACGAGCCACCUAGUCCUGAAAAUAAAUGUGAGAAGAUUUAUGCCAAGCUUGGAGAGUUUGAUGUAAAGAACCGUUCCUAUAUUCUCGAGGCUGGAAGAAACGCUACCAAGCUGCACGAUAACAUGGCCAAAUUAAUGGCACAUCCACUCCAGCGCCCUGUUCAGGGUGAUGCAUCGUACACCAUUUUUGCCAAUGUACCUUCACAAGAAGUUCACACUAAUGUAUAAUACAAUUUUUCUUUUUAAUAAGAUUCUUGUGGAAGUUUUAGGAACUACACUGGGAACAAAGGCUUCUUCGUUAACUACAAUGUCAGUGUAACUACAAUUGCACAUGUACAGUUCGGUACUCGACAUGAAAUGCUACUAAGAAGUAAGAGGGCUUAUAAUCAGACAAGUUACAAGUAUCAGAAUUCCCACGGCGUGACAACUCGCGGACGAGGAGGCUUUGAAUUCUCCAAAAAUC